AUGGGCUCGAACACCGGAAGGACAACCAAGCUUGCUCUCGUACCGCUUCCCAAAGGCUCCGUUUUGCUCCCUGGAGUCACCCUACGGAUCCCAGUUGCUAACCGACCCGACCUUUCCAAUCUCCUCUCGUCGAUUGUUGAUCGAACAUCGGCGGCCAAGCGGGAGGGAAAUGUCAUCACCUUUGGCUGUGUUCCCCUUAGCUCGCCCUUUUUAAGUAAGGAUGGCCAACAGUUGAUUGACAAUGGAACCUUGGAUGAUGAGAAGAAGGAGGAGUAUGAUGCUAUCGAUGCAGGCCAGGCCAGGAAGGAAGAUCUCUUCCGUUAUGGCACAGUCGGCAAGGUAAUCGGUGUUCAACGCCGCGCCUAUUCAGAAGCGUCCCUUGUGGUCCAAGGAAUCCAGCGAUUCACAGUAAGGCGUAUUUUGAAGGAAAGGCCUUAUUUUGAAGCUGAGGCCAUUUUGCAUGAUGAGAAAGAUUAUGUGACUAAUGAUGCGGAAACCAUCGAAUUGUUUCAGCAGCUGAGACGACUCUCGCGAGAGCUGCUGACUCUAUUACGACUGUCGUCACUUUUGCCUUCUUCUUCAACGCGCUUGUCGCCACUCAUUGCCCGCAAGUUCGAGCUGUUCAUAUCUAAAACAGAUUUGACGCAGGCCGGAAGGCUCGCCGAUUUCAUGGCAGAUGUUGCUGAAUCUGGACUCGAGGAAAAGCUUCGAGUCCUUGCUUCGCUGGAUCAUAAAAUCAGACUUCAAAGAGUGGUCGAGAUACUUAGCAGACAGGUCCAAAGUAUCAAGAGUAGUGUUAAAGUCACCACCAUUACCACCAACAGCUUCCCUCCAUCUGGGUUUGACAUUAACCAGAUUGAUCCACGCGACCGUGAACUUCUUGCAAGACGGGCUAUGGCUGGUCUCACGGGCCUGACACCUCCAGGGGUUGCAGGUGGAAGAAACAAUGACGGCGAUGACAAGGAAGCAAACGAGGUCGAUGAACUCCAGCAGAAGCUACAGGAAGCUCAACUCAGCCCCGAGGCUAGGAAGGUCGCCGAUAAGGAGCUACGUCGUCUUCGGAAGAUGAACCCGGCAAAUGCAGAAUACGGUGUUUGCCGGACGUAUCUCGAGAAUAUCUUAGAAAUCCCAUGGACCAAGGUCACCGAAGACCGGCUUGGCCCUGACACGCUGAAAAGGGCCAGACAACAGUUGGAUGACGACCACUACGGUCUUGAAAAGAUUAAGAAGCGACUUCUUGAGUACUUGGCUGUCCUCAGACUGAAGCAGUCUACUAACCAGGGUGUCGAACAGCAGAUUGCUGCCCUAUCUAAAGAUCUUGAUACUGCGGAUGAAGGCGAUAUUGAGAAGGAUCUUCCAGGUUUGUCUGAUGCAGACCGUGUUGCUGUUGAGUCUAAGCUGCAUCUCCUCAAGUCUAAGCGUAUGAUUGACAAGUCUCCAAUUCUGUUACUUGCCGGCCCCCCUGGCACUGGUAAGACCAGUCUAGCGAGAUCUGUUGCUACUUCCCUCGGCCGCAAAUUUCACAGAAUUUCUCUCGGGGGUGUUAGGGAUGAGGCAGAAAUUAGGGGUCACCGACGGACCUAUGUGGCUGCAAUGCCUGGACUGAUUGUCAAUGGACUUAAGAAAGUUGGCGUCGCGAAUCCGGUCUUCUUGCUCGAUGAAAUCGACAAGGUCGGCGGCGCCAAUUUUCAGGGUGACCCUUCCGCAGCUAUGCUCGAGGUUUUAGAUCCUGAGCAGAACCACACAUUCACUGAUCACUAUAUCAAUAUUCCGAUUGACUUAAGCAAAGUUCUUUUCAUCGCCACUGCUAACUCUCUUGACACCAUCCCUGCUCCAUUACUUGAUCGUAUGGAGACGAUCUCCUUGUCUGGUUACACUACCGUCGAAAAGCGGCAUAUUGCAAAGAGACACCUUAUUCCAAAGCAAAUCCAAGUCAACGGGCUCUCUGAGGGCCAGGUUAUUCUUUCUGAUGAGGUCAUUGACAAAACAAUUACUUCAUACACUCGAGAGUCUGGCGUUCGUAACCUAGAACGUGAGCUCGGUUCUAUCUGUCGCUACAAAGCAGUGCAGUAUGCCGAUGCUGGAGAUGCAGGUCGACCGGAUGCAUAUAAUCCUGUUGUUACCAUGGAUGAUCUGGAGGAGAUACUCGGCAUCGAGCGAUUCGAGGAAGAGAUCGCUGAAAAGCAUGGUCGUCCAGGAGUUGUUACCGGCCUUGUUGCUUACUCUACCGGAGGGCAGGGUAGUAUCCUAUUUAUUGAGGUUGCCGACAUGCCAGGAAAUGGCCGUGUGCAACUUACCGGAAAGCUUGGUGACGUCUUGAAAGAGAGUGUUGAGGUGGCCUUAACAUGGGUGAAGGCUCAUUCUUACGAGCUUGGAUUGACCCCUGAUCCUAGCGAAGAUAUCAUGAAGAGUCGGAGUUUGCAUGUUCAUUGUCCAUCCGGAGCGAUUCCAAAGGACGGUCCCUCUGCUGGACUUGCACACACCAUUGGGCUAAUUUCGCUUUUCUCGAACAAGGCUGUGCCCCCUAAGCUUGCAAUGACUGGUGAGGUGUCUCUUCGAGGAAGAGUGAUGCCUGUUGGAGGUAUCAAGGAAAAGCUCAUCGGAGCGCACCGUGCGGGUGUGAAGACCGUUCUUUUACCUAUCCAGAAUCGUAAGGAUGUGAAGGAUGUUCCUCAAGAGGUUAGCGACGGCCUUGAGAUCAUUUAUGUUAGCAACAUUUGGGAGGCCAUUCGACAAGUGUGGCCUGAUGCACACUGGCCUGGUCAACAUCAGAUGAACUUUGUUGAGAGCCGACUUUAG